CUCGACUUGGCGUCGGACUUUCGCAGCCCGUCAUAUGCACCUUACACUCUGUGACUGUACUCCGUACCUCCGAGCUUUCAGCGUGUCUAUCUAGAUGAGUUGACCUUUGCGUCGACCUCAAGCCCACACAAUGGCGUCCAUCAGGCUCUCUGCUCUCUUACGUAUAGAGCGACAAUGCAGUCGAGUAUCUACCACACUAUGCUCAUGUCCCUUUCGGACGGCUAAAUUCACGCCUUCGCCUCCUUCGCGUACUUACACACAGCGCUCACAACGUCGACCCACAAUGCCUGUCCUUCGCUACGAUACUCAAGCCGCCCUCACUCACCAACGCCGUACAAAAGCAAGGAAAGCUGCGCGAGCGAGACUUGGCCUGCCCAAAACAAACUGGGAGGCUAUAGAAGCCGAGGUCAAGUAUGCUAUGAAUCGGGGAGCACGUUCACUACCGAAAGCGGACUACAAAAGGAUCCGGAAUCUCACUUACGGCUUGAUCGGUCUGAAUGUAGCUGUCUAUAUGCUUGAGCCGCCCCUUUCUAUCGCGAUUGAUAACUACAGACGUGGUUCUGCUGACGUUGGGGGGGACACAGAGAAUGCUAAGAGGACCGCCGCAAGAGUCUGGAGCGCUAAGGUGAAGCACUUGUACCUCAGCGUAAAGAAUUGGCAAGAGGGUCGUUGGUGGACGCUCCUGACCAGCGCGUUUGUUCAUGGUGACACUUUUCACAUCCUUAGUAACAUGAUGGGCAUGUAUGCUUUCGGGACGAUACUCGCAAGAGCUCCUGGUCUAAAAGUGUGGAACGUUGCAACGAUUGCAUUUGGAUCGGCAUUAUCGAGCAGCGUCGGUGCUCUGAUUGGGGCCAGUGUCAAGGAGUCGCGAAAUGAAGGAUUAGAGAUCAUAACAUGUGGCGCGAGUGGACUCGUCAUGGGACUCGGGGGUGCUGCAGCAGUUCUGGCACCUUACGAGAAGCUGAUUAUCUGGGCCGUACCCAUUCCUAUCCAAGUGGCCGCAGUAGGUUUUGCGACUUGGGAUCUAUUUUUCAUAAACGAUGAGUCUAGUAGAACAGCGCACGCCGGGCAUCUGGGUGGUCUAUUCUUCGGGGUGGGAUGGACUCUGUGGCGCCUACGGCAUCUACGAGGACUUUGAAGCUUAGAAGCCGCAAUUCGCCGGCGGUGAUGAAAGCUGAAGGUAGUUGUUCGUCGCAGCAACGAGACGGAAAGCAUCUUUCAAAAAAAAAUGAAUGCUCGACCGUCUGGGAACGUCAGAUGAAAUGUCCUCAACCCCCGUACACCUCAUCCAUCAGUGCAACUGCUUGCUUUCUAGUCAGUAUGGCCGAAAGUGAAGAUCUUGAGAAUGUAUUCAUAUAUCGGACUAUUGAUGUGCUUGGGGCAGAAUCUUGCAUGAGAAAGAGGACGUCCAGAUAGUCUUUGACGGAUGUAAGUUGAGUGAGGAGCCUCAUGCACGUAGUAAGCAAUACCCCCAAUCACUAUCGGGAGAUUACUGGCGGCCUCUCAGCCCCUGAGUGUGCUUCAUCUCCUGGCAGUAGAGGUCAUUUCUGAUGGACUGAA